UAUACUUUUCUUUUCUUUUUUAGAGACAGCUUACUCCCCAAAGGGGGACCACAGGAUUUCCAAGCCAAAAAUGAAAAACAUUUGUUUUCAUUAAAAAGAAAAUGUGGUGCAGGCUGAUUGAGAGUUUCCCUCCUAUGAUUCUCUUGAUAGUUUAUCUACUAUCAUUUCAGACUCAGGAUACAGUUGCAGCACACACUAAGCUAAAAGGAUUGCCAUCCCAGAGAACAAGAAGACAAGCUGGAGCUCCUACACCGACUGACUGUCGGCUGGGCCAGUGGUCAGAAUGGACUGAAUGUUUUCCUUGUCAAGAAAAAAAACACAGAUACAGAACUUUACUACAUCCAGCCAAAUAUAAGGGGAGAAUUUGUGCUGGCAGUCUUUGGGAAGAAGUAGCAUGCCGCCCAACAGGAACAUGUGCCCAAAGCCAAGAAUGUGGAACAGAUUUUCAGUGUGAGGAGACUGGCCGUUGCCUUAAACGCCACCUUGUAUGCAAUGGAGAGCCAGACUGUAGAGAUGAAUCUGAUGAGGCUGGCUGUGAGGAUGUUGAAAGAUUCUGUGAUGAUGAUCUACUUCCAGUCCCAGGAAUCAGUAAAGCAGCUCAGGGGUACAACAUACUUACACAAAAAAGAUUGCAGCUGGUUUAUGAUCCUACCUACUAUGGGGGCCAGUGUGAAUCUGUCUAUAAUGGGGAAUGGCGAGAGCUCAAAUAUGAUGCUGCAUGUGAACGCUUGUACUAUGGGAAUGAUGAGAAAUAUUUUCGAAAGCCAUACAACGUUCAUUUCUAUCAGUUUCUAGCACAUGCUGAUUCUGGCUUUUCUUCAGAGUACUAUGAUGAUGCAAAAGACUUAUUGAAAGCCCUGAAAGAGGAUUCCUCUGGAGGCAUAGGCGUUACAGUGGGCAUAGGCCCUGCUAAGGGGCCUGUCUCAUUGGACCUUGGUUACAGCGCGUCAUGGGAAGAGGGAACCCUGAAAAAUUUUACACAGUAUGCAGCAAAGAAUGUAGGAUUUAUUCGAGCACUUACCAAAGUACAAACAGCCCAUUUCAAGAUGAGAAGAGAGGAUAUAUUCCUGGAUGAAGACAUGCUUCAGUCUCUGAUGGAGCUUCCAGAUCAGUACAACUAUGGACUGUAUGCCAAAUUUAUAAAUGACCAUGGCACCCACUUCAUGACAUCGGGGACAAUGGGAGGCAUCUUUGAAUACAUUCUUGUUGUUAACAAAGAUGAAAUGAGGAAAAAAGAGGUUACAAGCAGCAUGAUAAGCUUCUGUAGUGGUUUAUCAGUAGGCAUUUCACUUAAAACUGCGGAGGCAGACAUAACACUUGGGGCCAGGGUGUCCUCUGAAGAAUGUUCAAAAGAAGGAGACCAAGCACAAGAUGGUUCCAAAACAAAGUCCGUCAUAGAGGAUAUUAUUCCCCGGAUUCGUGGUGGAGACACUGCAUCAGCUAGUAGGCUCUUGGGAAGCUGGGACGCCAAUGCAUACCGUUACUGGGGGAGGUCAUUAAAACUUAAUCCCACUGUUAUUGAUUUUGAGCUACAGCCCAUACAUGAAAUACUGCGUAGGACCAAGCUUGCCUAUAUUGAAACCAAAAGGAGAAAUCUGAAAAGGGCAUUAGAUGAAUACUUAACUGAGUUCAAUACCUGUCGCUGUGGUCCUUGCCAAAACAAUGGUGAACCAAUGCUGAUUGGGUCCUCCUGUAUUUGUGAGUGCCAGCAGGGCUCGCAGGGUGCAGCGUGUGAGAACACAAGGCGAGCAGGUUCUCCAGUACAUGGUAUGUGGAAUUGCUGGACACCUUGGACUCCCUGUCAGUCUCAGUCUCGGAGGCGAACAAGGCAGUGUACCAACCCUGCUCCUCAAAAUGGUGGGACAGUGUGUGCAGGCAGAAAUGUACAAACAGAGGCAUGCUAGCCAUGAAUGGAUUAAUGGAUUCUGCUGCCAAAUAGAAAAAAACCCUAUGUGUCGAUGAUGAUUCAUGCACAGUAAAAAGCUUUGUCAUAUGUAUGCUAUGCUCCUAGGAAGUGCUCUAACAUAGUGGAAAGAGUAAGUGAAAUUCUUGAAGAUGAGCUGUGCUGUGUAAUGGUAUGAUAUGUCAACUAUGGUGCCUGAGAAAUAGAAUCAAUAGAUGUUACUGUAGUAAACAGAUGAUUUUGCCAUAAAACAAGAAUACAAAUUGAGGGGAAAGGAACUCAAAUGAGCACUGCUGGUCUCACACGGAUACUGAAAAUGAGGCCCAAAUCACAUAAUUAUCUUAACCAGUUAAUAUGUUUGUCAGCUCUGGAUGGGGAAAUUCAUGGAUGUUUAGGAAUGGAGCCUGGGGAGGGAGCUCAGCAGGGAUGUGAUGCUAUAGGUCCACCAUAUGAAGUUGCCAUUUUCUUCAGGUAGCUGAUUUGUGUAGUCUGGAGAUCAGUCAGAAUUCCAAGAGAACUCCAGCCUCAUCUGGAGGUAGGCAUCUCUACCAGUUAGAGGCAUGGGCAGAGUUUUGGUGGUGUGCCUUAGGAUGUCUAUGAUUUCUUCCAACAUGAGACUCUCCUGCAAUCAAAAUCACUAUGGCCAGCUCAUUUUCCAAUUGCAAUGGUGUAGUAAAUGGAGGGUGAAGAGCAAGCAAUCACACCAAUAUUUUACCAAUACUAGAAUGGAUAUAAAAUGAAUUUGCCCUGAGUCCAAGGUAAAUUUCCUGCUUGAUUCACAGUAUCAUGUAGUAACUAUUUCGGGGACACAUCUAGGCAAACUGGACAUCUAAGAGUUUCACCAACAUUCUGAUUUAGCCAUCACCAAAUGAUCCAUUAAUAGUGGAGUGCUAAACAGAGAGCAAAUCCUAUGGUGGACAGCUCUGAAACUCACCUUACUACUUCAGUUUCCUAUCUGGGGUCCUCAAAAAACUCACUGCUAAUGUGUGUGGGGGUGUGUGUCGUAAGUGGUCACAUAUAUCAUAGAUUGACCAGUAAAAAUCGGCAGCCUUAGAGGACACUGUUGAGGUGUCAAAUCCUCUUCAUUUCACGUAGGCUCAUACUGAGGGUCUACAUACCCACAGCAAAUUCUGAGCAGACGUAAAACACAGAUUCAGUCUUCAGCUGAAAUGUACUAAUUUCUAAAGCAAAACAGUUCUCAUUAUACUGGUAGAGUAAUAUCAUACAGCAAAUCUACAAUGGUGCCUGUAUAUUUUAUGCUUGUUCUAAGUGCAAUUGAAUUUUCUUGGGUAGCUCUAGUUUUCUAGGGAUUAGUCUUCUCGGUCUUCACUACCUAUAAGGAUGCUGGAGGGUGGUGUACUCUUUCUUUUCUGUCUUUCCAUAUGGUACAACAAACAUUUUCACAUCUCAAGGGAUUCAACACUAGUACGUGGGCUAAAAUUCAAUAUAAAUGUUUGGGCAAUCAAAUCAAAGUAGAUAUGAAAUUCUGAAAGUAGAAAUGCACUUAUUUUUUUAAAAAAGUGGAUGAAUCGAAAUAUUAGAUGUAAUAAAGUAAAUAAAGCAUUUUUAAAACUAUA